AUGCACACGCGGCGACUCCUCGGCACUAUGGCCGGUGUGGCUGGCGCUGGGGUUGUAUCCACUUGGCUUUACCAUCCCGAGGACCUAUCCGAGUCUGUGCCGAAGCAGAAUGUUCGGCCAGCUGCACGUUCCCGUUCCUUUGAUGAGACUAAGGUCCAGCCUUCGUCGCCAUCGAUGCUCUCGACGCGGAGUUACGCGGUCGAGCAAAGUGCCUUUCGUGAUCUUGGCGAUCUAUUGGCAUCGGCGACGGUGUCUGCCUCCCAAGCGUACAUUAGCUGGCUGUCGUCGAACAUGAACGCCAACACCUCAACGUCCGACGAGGCGGGCGGCAAUCCGUUCCGCCUUGUUGACCCGUCGGUGCCGUUGACAUCCAAGGACGCCAAACGGGUCAUUGACAGCAGUCAAUUCAGUCUCGUUCUCAACGCGAUCGCUGGCGACACACGCAACCAAAGCCCCGACGCGUCGUACAGAGCCAUCAAUCAGCUCGCGACAAACUUGGAGUGCGCCGCCGCCAUCGCCGAACGGGCCACGAGGUACGGGAAGAAGGCGCUGCUGCAUUUGGCCAAGCGGCACGACGUGGACUCGCGCCUCGGCAACGCGCUCCGGGCACUCACCGUCCUAGACGGCGCGGAAUGCCGGUUCGGACCUGCGAACCUCAACUCCCUCGUUGCGCUAGUGUGCACCCCCGAUCUGCCAGCUCCGUACGCCGAGUUUGCGUGGUGGGCAUUGGCGGCCACGGCCAGCAACAAGGCGCUGACGCCGCGGUACCGGUGGCGAAAGGACUGGCUCGGCGACGACCGCGUCGCCCGCACCCGCGCCAUUCUCAUGCGCAAUCCGUACGUGUGGUCUGCCAUCUUAGCGAUCGACAACAACAGCUCGCCUUUGGUCCAGCUACAUGCGGCGCGACUGGUCAAGGAGAUGUGUGCCAGUGGCUUGCCGAUUGAAGACGACGAUAGGCUAGACCUGAUCGUGCACUGGCUAGCGUCGGACGACAAGCUCGUGUGUGCGGAAGCGCUUCAGGCGAUCACGAGCGUCGCAGCGCACGAGUCGGUCCGUGUGAAACUGGCGGCGAAGGGCACGCUGGACACGCUGUACAAGAAGAUUCACGCCGACGCGGCCGACACGGCGCUCCUUCUGGGCGCGGUGCAUACGUUGGCGUUCCAUCACGCGUCCUCGUUGGAUGACCACGCGCUGUCGUCCGUGGACAAUGUCAACCCGAACGUCGACCAUGACGAGUACGUCGACGUGUUGGACUUUGACGAGCCCACGGUCGUGCGCGGGUGGAUCGACCUCUUCACGUCAUUUGCUACCCACGACGACCCCAAGAUUGCGGCGAAUGCCGUCGCGUGUUUGGAUGCGAUUUCCUCGCACGGCAAGUUUCGCAACCAGGGGAUGCAAGAGUGGGUCGUGGCAGUGCUCGAUUCCGUGCUGGAAAAUGUCCCGAUGGACGUCCGUCGGCAAGCCAGCACGGUCCGCGCCGCCAAAAGCCGUACGCGCCCCCUCAAGUCGGAGCGACCCAACUCUGCCACACACUACGUCCUCGCGCACACCCGCGCCCUCUGCGCGCUCGCAUUUGUGCUGGACCGUCCGGAUUGCCAAGCGGCGUUCAUUCGCGCGGGCGGGUUGCCGCUGCUGCGUGCCAUGCUAAAGUCGGUUGAGUCGUCGACGUCCGCGGAUGCCGCCGCGGUCACGGGGCUGCAGCAGGAAUGGGCCCGCGUGGUGGCGAAUUUGCUCUCUGCGCCGUCCGCCACCGUCGUCGACGAACUGCGCCAGCCGUUUUGGAGCUCCCGACUGGAGCAGUUGGCGCACUCCAAGGUGACGUCAAAGGUCCAGACCCACGCCGCGCGGGCGUUGCACAACCUACACACCGCGCUUCAUACAUCGUCAUCAAUGCUAGAAGAUGGCUGGACCGACGAAGAGGACGAGGUUUCAACCCACCGCAACGACGGAGUCGUGUACAUGGAAGGCGUGCACCCGUUCACGAUGCCCCAAGACAAUGCAGCAGCAGCGACGGACUACGAUGUCGACAUCGUGUUUGUGCAUGGGCUCCUGGGCUGUGCGUUCGAGACGUGGGCCGGCGGCGCCGCGGGUCAAGUGUGGGCUUCCGACUGGCUCGUGGCGGACCUCCUGAGGCAGCACGUCAACCCCCGCGUGGUGUCGCUGGGGUACGACUCCAAGCUGUUUGCGGCCGAGUCGUCGUUUGAAACGCUCUGCUUUGACGACACGAGUCGGGAUUUGCUGGUCAAGUUGCAAAAGGCCAAAGUCGGCGUCGACCGCCCCGUGGUGUUUGUCACGCACAGCAUGGGCGGCCUCGUGGUCAAGAAGAUGCUCCACGACGCGGCCACGUCAUCGCUCGCCCAACGCACCAAGGGCCUCGUGUUCUACGGCGUGCCACACCACGGGUCCCCCGUCGCCGCCGCGAUCUUUCCGGUCGCGUCGGCGGUCCUCCGCCAAGGCAUUUCGAUCCAGCACCCCGUCACGUCAGACUUGCACGGCACCCCCCGUCUAGAGGCGCUCAACGAGUGGUGCGCCGGCUUUGUCCAGGACCACAACGUGCACGUGCUCAGUGUGGGGGAGAGUGCCCCCAUGCGCCUGCCACUGGUCGGCGUCGAGGCGCUGGUGGUGCCGGAAGCAUCGAGCAACCCCGGGUUUGGCGCGUACGUGAAACUGCCCGAUCUCGACCACAUCCAAGUGUGCAAGCCGGCAUCGAUAUCGGAUGUGCGGUACACGCUGACGAGGGAUUUGAUUGUGGACGCAGUGGCCGCGGCGGCAAAAGACGACGAGGCGACGAUGGAUAUUAAUAUAUAUAAAUAAAUUACGACGAUGGA